UUCAAACCCACCAAUUUCACAUGAUUUCAGAAGAAACCCAAGACACAUAUGGUAAAAGCUAGCUUAGCCCAAAAAAAGAAAAAAAACAUGGUAAUCAAGAGCAUCAAAGAGGAUUCCAGGUCGUUUUUGCUAUAUUGCUGCACAAAAAACUUCCAGAAACCGGCAUCCCUGGAAAAGAAACCAGGACAAGGAACGAAGGGAAAUGUUUUGUCAGUCUCGGGCUCGGCCAGUACAAACCAGAAGAAGCCUGGAGGAUGGAAAGCUAUGCCAUACAUAUUAGGAAAUGAAACGUUCGAGAGGCUGGCAACAUUUGGGCUGUUGGCAAAUUUUAUGGUGUAUUUGAUGAAUGAGUUUCACAUGGAUCAGGUGUCUGCUUCAAAUGUCCUCUACAUCUGGUCAGGUGUAACCAAUUUUGCACCUCUGGUUGGUGCUUUUAUCUCUGAUGCUUAUGCGGGGAGGUUUCGAACAAUUACAGUCGCGUCCUUUGCUUCAUUUCUGGGAAUGUUGACUUUAACUUUGACGGCUUGGAUCCCACACCUACAUCCUCCAGAGUGCAAACCUAAACAGAAACCGCAGGGUCACUGCAUCGGUCCAAACAAUGCUCAAUUGGCGGUUCUAAUAGCAGGGUUAGGUCUGUUAUCAGUAGGCACGGCUGGAAUAAGACCCUGCAGCAUUCCCUUUGGAAUUGAUCAAUUUGAUGCAACCACUGAAGAAGGGUUGAAAGGGAUCAGCAGCUUCUUUAAUUGGUAUUACACCACGUUCACAGUGGUGAUAUUGCUCACCCUAACUCUUGUGGUUUAUAUUCAAAACUCAGUAAGCUGGGUUCUAGGCUUUGGAAUUCCUACUCUGCUCAUGGGCAGUUCAAUUGUUCUGUUUCUCAUCGGAACAAGAAUUUAUUUCCAUGUUAAGCCACAAGGAAGUAUAUUUUCGAGUAUUGUGCAAGUGGUUGUUGCAGCUUACAAGAAACGACUGCUUAAGCUUCCAGAAGAGGGAAAGGAAAUGGGAGUUUUUUAUGAUCCGCCUUUAAAGGAAAAUGUGUUGUCAAAGCUACCCCUCACCAACCAGUUCAGGUUCUUAAACAAGGCCACCAUAAUAAUGGAGAAUGAAUUACAGCCCGAUGGUUCCCCUAAUAAAUGGAGGCUGUGCAGCAUUCAAGAUGUAGAAGAGCUAAAAUGCAUUAUCAGAAUCAUCCCAAUUUGGGCUUCUGGAAUCAUUAGCUUUACCUCCGUGGCACAACAGGGAACAUUCACUUUGUCACAGGCUUUGAAAAUGGACAGGCAUCUUGGCCCCAAGUUCCAAAUCCCAGCUGCUUCCGUUGGGAUCAUAUCGAUGCUCACAAUUGGAAUUUUCCUCCCAGUCUAUGACAGAAUUAUUGUUCCAGCUCUUCGAAAAUUCACCAAACGUGAAGGUGGGAUAACGCUUCUUCAAAGAGUUGGAAUUGGCAUCUUUUUUUCUAUUCUGGCGAUGAUCGUUGCAGGAGUGAUGGAAAAGAAGAGAAGGACAUCAGCUAUACUUCAUCCUGGUGUUGCACCAAUAUCAGUCUUUUGGCUAGCUCCUCAGCUUAUUCUCAUGGGCUUCUGUGAGGCAUUCAACGUUCUAGGACAGAUUGAAUUUUUCAACGAGCAGUUUCCGGAGCAUAUGAGAAGCAUUGGUAAUUCUUUUCUCUUUUGCUCCCUGGCUGGUGCAAGUUACUUGAGCAGCGUUGUAGUCAAUAUUGUGCAUCAUGUCACUGGAGGGCCUGGGCGUCCUGACUGGUUGACAAGUGAUAUUGAUGCUGGCAGAUUGGAUUACUUUUACUACCUUCUCGCGGGGAUGGGGGCCCUCAAUUUCCUUUAUUUCCUCUAUGUUGUUCAUCACUAUCGUUACAAGGGCAAUGACAAUGUAGAAAAAGAAGAGAAAUCUGAACCUGGUGUAGAGCUAAGUUCGAUCAAACCAUGAAAUCAAACAGAUGUAAUGUUGUUUUAGUACCUAGCUAAUAAUGUAAAGAAUAAUUAAGCAUUACUCAUUAAGGGUAGCUUAAUUAUUGUCCUAUCACUUCCACAUGUCUAGUCCUUCGCUGUCAUACAUGAUAAAGAGUAAUAAAGGAAAAGCCACAUGCUCCUUCAUUGCUGUAACAGAGCAGUAUGGGUUAUCUAGAAAAUUGGAAUACAACUCCUUAGUUUUUCUCAAAA